AUGGCGAGAGAGCUUGGAGCCGUGGUCAUCAGUGUCUCAUAUCGCAUUGGGCCAUUCCACCAAUUCCCAGCCGCCAUACACGAUGUCGAGGACGUACUAUCAGCAAUUUUGGAUACGAGCGGCAUGUCAAAAGGUGGAAACGUCCUCAGAACCGAGCUGCAGCGGUAUUACAGCAUGACACGCGAAAUGCUGCUUGAGGGCAAGAACAAGAAGCAUGCGCCGCCGCAUCUCGAGAAUGUCACCACUAUCACCCUUGAUCCUACACGUCUGGCGAUAAGCGGCUUCUCCGCUGGUGGAAACAUUGCGCUGAACAUGGCCAUCUCUGUACCACCAUGUCCAGAGCUGAUGUCUUCGCCCACACUCGCGCCCUCUGGUCCUACCCAAUCCUCGCAGCAACGCCCGUCCCCAGCGAAUACCAUGUCUCCUUUGAUGCCCCCAAGGCGAGCAGCGACUGUACUCGACGACGUGAACGAGCCUUGGUCAUCACUUCUACCGCCGCCCCACGCGCAACCAAGAAUGCUUCCCCUACUCCUGUUCUACCCUUCGCUAGACGCAAGACUACUACCGCAUGAGCGACCAAUGAAAGAGAUGCCAAAUGCACUCAGAGGCGAUGACAAGAAGACAGAGAAGCCAAGAACGCCCGGUCUCUUUUCCAUCAUGGGACCUACAUAUCUACCGAGGAAGCUUCGUCCCCACCCUAGAGCGAGUCCUGGCUUGACAAGUCCGGACAAUGUGCAGAAGAACGCGGCUAUCCUGCUUGUUCUGCCUGAGAAAGACACCUUGGCGGUUCAGAGCGACGUCUGGGUCGACAAGAUGAACUCGGGCGGCUGGAACGGCUUCGUUCGAUUCGGCGACGGUCGCGAAGGGGACUGGGACGGUCAUACUGGAGGCUCUGCAGGCUCCUCCGUUCCUCAAGGCAAAGAUAACGGAGGACUUGAAGUCUGGCACGCGCCCGGAUGCCGACACGGCUGGACGCAGUUUCCAGAUACUUUUGUGCCCAAGCAUGAGCGCAAGGAGCGCGAGCUCGUAUUCGCCAGGACGCUGGACUUUGUCAAGGAGAAUUGGAACAAGAAACUGGACGUCUCGCGGGAGAAGCAGGGUAAUAUGGAUCCAGUGGGUCGUCCCCUGAGGAUGCCGAGUGAAUUCAGCGGACUUCCGGAGUAA